AUGGCUCCUCGCCAUACUGUGAAGGAGAUCGCUGCAUGUGUCCAUACAUUGGGAUGGACCAAAGUUGAUGCUUUUGAACAGGAAUCAGGGAGCAGACAUCUGACAUGGAAACCCGUGGAGCUCUCAUCGCUCUUAUCAUUUCAUCCUGGGAAGGAGCCAGAUAAUAUUAAUGAGUGCACUUCAAGUAUCAGCGGAUCAGGAUCAAAUCAUUCAAGCAUUGAAUUUACAGUCUAUGAUCCAACAAAAGAUUAUAAAAGCAGCAACAAUCAUAUGGAGGUCCAGAGCAGGAAAGAUAAUCUAUUCCCUGUACCUGCCUGGGUGAAGCAUAACGAAUCAAGUGCAUUGCCACAUCCCACAACAAUUCAGGAGCCCUUUAACUUAUACAUUGAUGCUGUGCACUAUAUACCUGACUGUGCCACUAUAGUAAAGGUUUCUGCAAAAAUUCUAAAUUCUGGAACAAAAUCUGGAUCGGAAAUUGUGGCUUUCUCAAGCAUUUCCAGUUCAGCCCGAAAUCCUGUCUUUAAUUACUGCCAAAAACUGAACACUGAGGAUGGAAAACUAAAUGUUAAUACCUACGUUCUCUUUGAAGUGACUACAGUAGACCAAGAUUCUGGAAAUGUGGUUAUAAUUGGAAACUGCUUGCUUCGUGUGUUCAGUAAUGACGGAAAGCUCAAUGUUGGAGGAUUUCAACUAAAGCUCAGAACAGGUGUACCAAACAAAAAACUACAAAUCCUGGCACCUCCUGAUUUAGCCAUCUCUCCUGCUUUUCCAUGUUGUUCUCUCUUGGUUCGACUUCUGCCGCAUACACUGCACCCAGAGCCCAUGGCCAGCUAUAUAUCGGGCUACUACUUCACUGAUGAUGCCAAACCUACGAGGUCAGAGCUCCAGAUUAUAUCCACAUUUCAGGAGGAUGUCUUGUUUCCCAAGAGUGUAAAAGAUAUGGCAGAACAUUUAAUGGAGAAAGAGCAAAGCCAAGUGUCUGAAAGUCAGGUGCAGGACUGGUAUGAAACACGGUUAGGUGGUCAGAAGUCAUCCUGGGUACAGCCAUCACUAGCUUAUUGCAACACGCUUAGUGUGGUACGAUAUAGACAGCAAACCGGUCUCCGUGUCCGAAUCAAACAAGCAUUUGGGUUAGAAGCAGAUGGUCUAUACGUCAAUGCGUUCGCUAGAAUCUUAAAGGGGCCACAGAGUAUGCCACUUCCAGAAUUACCACAAGGCUGGGGAGGAGAGGAAAAGCUGUUGACACAUCAGCACGACUUCACAAGUCUACAGCGGUCACCGCAGUGGAUAGAUCCUUCAGUGGUUCUUCAUCCGUAUUUGGAUAUUAAUAGCGUGCUUCUUGUUCAAGUAUUUGGAAUGGUUGCUACAUACAUCCCUCAUCUCAGGAAUGAACAGCGUGGUCAAGUGAUAUCCAGUAAUGGACAAGAGAUUCAGCUUCAACCUCCAUUAGGAUGGACUGUUUUCCCGCUGUUUGACAGGCACUAUGUGAACAGUGGCAUCCACAGUGCUCCUCUCUUUCAAGGUCUUCCUAAUGCCGCAUUUCUACAGUCUGUAUCUGUGACUUCUCUAAAAGCAGCAAUCGAGGAGGGCUUAAAGAAAAAUACGAUAUCAAUCAACAAAAGUUAUGGAAGUAUAACAGUUGAAAUUUGGGAUGGGCAUUUUUUUGAUGAGGAGCACCCUUCUUUACCGGUUAUCAAUGACUUGCUCACAGUAAGCAAUAUGAAGAAAUUCAUGGCCACUCAGAUGAGUAAGAAAGGAAAACAAAUGUCUAUGCUGAUCAUAGAAAGUCUGGAUAAAAAACUGAGGAAAUUGCAAAGAAAUAGUCAAGAAUAUGAGCAGCACCAAGGCUUUUAUGAAGAGGCAAUGGGAGAGAAGUUUUAUGAUCUUAUUGAGAUGGCCCUGCUGAAUGCUGGCUAUGGCCCUUUAUAACUCAUAUGUUGUGCAACAGUACCUGGAACAAAGCAUAUUCUCUGAAUCACUGUACAUGGCGCUCCUAAUAAAAAAAAACUGUGGUGAC